UGUCGUCCUCAGCUGAUCACGUCUGUGUCCGUCUCCCUGCAGGCGAACUUCUUCGAUGAGUACCAGAUGGAGGGCGUGUCCUCUGAGGACAAUGAGAUUUGUCUUGAGGUGACUCCAGAGAAUCUGUCCAGAGCGUUGAAGACAGUCCAGAACGCCAAAGCUGUCAAAGUCAAACUGACCAAGAAGCACUGCCCCUGCCUCACCAUCGCCGCCGAGCUGCCCACCCUGUCCAGCAUCAGUCGAGUGGUCACGCACGACGUCCCGGUCGAUGUCAUCCCCCGGAGGCUGUGGCACGAGUUCAAAGAGCCCAACAUGCCGGACUUUGAUGUCAGCAUCUACCUGCCUCCUCUGAAGACCAUGAAGAACGUCGUGGACAGAAUGAAGAACCUCUCCAACUUCCUGGUCCUGGAGGCCAACCUUAACGGAGAGAUGAACCUGAAGAUUGAGACCGAUCUUGUUUCUGUCACCACUCACUUCAAAGACCUGGGAAAUCCUCCAUGGGGUGAGGACGCCUCUCAGGACGGGGGUCCGUCUCAGAGCAGGGACCCAGAUGACAUGGCCCAGGCCCGGGUGGACAUCAGGAAGCUGCAGCAGUUCCUCAUGGGUCAGCAGGUCAACCCCAGCAAGGCCAUGUGCAAUAUCGUCCACGAUCGCGUCGUCCACCUGAUUCUGCUGCAUGAAGACGUGUCGCUGCAGUACUUCAUCCCCGCUGUGGCGUAGGAGCUCUGCAGAAGAACUUGUGAUAUCUGCUGGACGGACUGUGAGGCUGUCAGGUGAAAACCAAAGAGACGCUGCGAUCCUGAAAGAAGUCAGCUGUUUGAGAAGGAGUUCACAUUGUUGAGUGUUUUUUAAAUAAAGUUGAGCUGGUA